CUACCAUUUUCCCAUUUAAUUUUUCACUCUCCUUUCAUCGAUUCAAGCGAAUAUUUUAAAAUUUCUAAAAAGAAAAAAACCUGAAUAAAAACAAUCUGAAAAUGGUAAACUUUGUCUAUCCGGAGGAGCUGUAUCUGUUCGUGGAGAGCAUUCGUUGCUUUCAGGUGCGGGAUGUGGGCAGCAGCAAAUGGCUGGAGGUGCACGAGAUGAUCAUCAAGCUGAGCCAGCAGGCGGCUCUUGAGGUAUCCGAGCAUCGUGAGGAGGAAGUCAAAGAGUUUCUCAUAUCCCGAGACAAGCUAUCGGUGCUCAUACAUGAGGCCUACUGUGUGAAUCUGUGGAAAUCCCGUGUGCUGCCGCAUCUGCUGGAGAUUGAUCCAAAUCCACAGGCGACAUUUCUCAUUUAUACGGUGCUGUACCAUGAGGCAGCUGUGGUUGCGCUCCUAGAUCUAUGUCUAUAUCAUCCCAGUGGCUGCGAGUCCCUGCAGGAUUCGGUGCUAGAUCUGAUCGACUACUGUGCUCAAGGAGUCGCCCAGGUUAUUGGAUUAGUUAGCAUGGGAUAUCAUGAGAAUGAGUCCAAGAUCGAUGUCGAUGAGGCGGUACUCACAGAAUUGGAGCGUCAAAAGCGUGAUCUCAUCUAUAAGAUCGGCCUACGCUGUGUCUCUCUGCUUAAUUAUCUGGCGGACAAUGUGUCCCUAUUCCAUUUGGGUGCAGCUCGUCGACUGCUGGUCACCCAUGACAUACCCUGGCUAAUGGUGGACGUGCUCUGCUUUCGACCAUGGCAGCGCACCACCAGCAAGGGAUUAGAGAAGUUCAUCGAUGAGAAGUGGACUGCCGUUGAGGAUGCGGCGAAAAUCAUAAAGCCAGAGGCCCAAGCCUGGUUCUGUGUGCGACAGCUGCUUCUCAAUCCGCAGAUCAUGGAGAACUACACCCUGAACGAGGCACGUUGCAAGCAGCUCUCCAAGCUGCUGGGAAUGCUGCACGAGACGCUGCUGGAUCAGUUGCCAGUGUUGAUUGAGCUGAAACAGUUCAUCAGUCGCCUAACUCUCAGUGGGAAUACGGCCAACAAGAAACAGAAUCUCGUUUUGGAGGACUUGCCACAGAUACAGGAGGGUUUGAUCAAGGAGGUGGAACGCGAUGGUGGCUUCUAUCAAAUAGCCCAGAGCCAGGAUGGUGUCUUUCUCAACAACAACAGGGAAGAGAUUUCCGCACUGGCCACAAAAUUGAGCAACGCUUACGGCACGGAAAUUCUCUGUGAAUUGGAGCAGCACUUGGCCGAUCUAGAGCUGCAGAAGCCGGAAGCAAAGUCGGGAGAGAGUAACGUUGCUGCUGCUGCUGGAGGAGAAGAUGAGGAGAAGACACACAAGUGUGGCAGUUGCCAGAAAGCGGCCAAAAAGAAAUGCGCCAACUGCAAGCAGGUUCAUUACUGUUCACGGGAGUGUCAGCUGAAGGAUUGGCCAACUCAUAAAGACACCUGCAAAGCAAUCUAAAUAGUAUCGUUUUAACAUUAAUAUUAAAGAGCAUUCCAAAAA